UAUCGGAUUUUUAGCUGUCAAAUCUCGAUUAACAUUAUCCUCGUUUCUGCACGGUGCGGCAUUUUCUGGUUUUGUAAUAACUUCGUGCUUAAUUUUCGACUUCUAACAUCCUCUAGAGGUACAAAGAGUUUUCUAAAUAAUGGCUGCUCAAUUUUUCAAUCGCAUUGGCCAACUUGGUUUGGGAGUUGCUGUUUUGGGUGGUGUUGUAAACUCUGCAUUAUAUAAUGUUGAUGGUGGUCAUCGCGCUGUUAUCUUUGAUCGUUUUACCGGUGUCAAAAAUGAAGUUACCGGCGAAGGUACACACUUCUUCAUUCCAUGGGUACAGCGUCCCAUUAUCUAUGAUAUUCGUUCACAACCUCGCAAUGUUCCGGUCGUAACUGGCAGUAAAGAUUUGCAGAAUGUCAACAUUACAUUGCGUAUUUUGUAUCGUCCAAUUCCCGAUCAAUUGCCAAAAAUCUACACAAUCUUGGGUCAAGAUUAUGAUGAGAGGGUAUUGCCUUCAAUUGCUCCUGAAGUGUUAAAAGCUGUUGUUGCCCAAUUCGAUGCUGGUGAGCUGAUUACACAGCGUGAGAUCGUUUCCCAGCGUGUCUCCGACGAAUUGACAGAACGUGCUAAACAAUUCGGUUUCAUCUUGGAUGAUAUUUCAAUUACCCAUUUAACGUUUGGUCGUGAAUUCACCCAAGCUGUCGAAAUGAAACAGGUUGCUCAACAGGAAGCCGAAAAGGCUCGUUUUGUUGUCGAAAAGGCGGAACAACAGAAAUUGGCUGCCAUUAUAUCAGCCGAAGGUGAUGCCUCUGCUGCAGAAUUAUUGGCCAAAUCUUUUGCCGAUGCCGGUGAUGGUUUGGUUGAAUUGCGCCGUAUUGAAGCUGCUGAGGACAUUGCCUACCAACUAUCCAGAUCACGUGGUGUUGCCUACUUGCCUGGCAAUCAAAGCACACUCCUCAAUUUGCCCAGCACCCUUACACAAUAAAAAUUUUCAUAAUUUUUUAUUGAUUUAUUUUUGAAGUUUAAGUUUAGCAUUUAAAUGUGUUAUGUACGCUGCUUUUCUACGAGAACUAUUCAAUUUUUCAUACCCAAACACUUCCAAACAAUCGAACUUUUUUCGUGAAAAAGUUUUACCAUUAAUUUUUAUUCUAUUAUUGUAUCUGUUAAAAUUGAAGAUAAAAGUUGGCACUAAAAUACCGACGAAUAACUCUUUGAAAGAGUUCCAUGUAUUGCAUACAAGAAUGUAUACCAAAAGGUAACAGUGUUCCAAGUGAAAUUUGUUUAUAACUUUAGGGAUUUCCUGUUAUAUAAACUCAGUUUAACGUGAAAUUCCCUCGAUUGGCACUAAUUGAUAUUAAAUGGCUCUUAUUUUAUUACUUGAAGUCCGAAAUAUAUUCUAACAGUUUUAUCCAUGUUUGUUAAAUAUUUUAGUAGCCAUUGUAUGGGAAUUAUAGUUAAUAAUUGAGAUCGAUUAGCUGCUCUUAUUGAUCUAAGUAAGAAUAUGUAGAAUCUUCUAAGAAAAAUAAAACAAAAAUUAUUACAAAUUA